GUGACACAAAAUUCGCCACGACGUCAAUUCGAAUAUAACACAAGACACGAAUCAUUACUAUAAAAGGAGGCCAGAUAAGUCUGUAUAUUCAGUGAGGAAGGGCUUCUAGACGAUUAACAAGGCAUUUGCAGACCCUGCGUAGAUAACUGCAACCAUGUCUAGCAAGCAAGGUGGAAAGGCAAAGCCCCUGAAGCAGCCAAAGCAAGAGAAAAAGGAGUAUGAUGAGCAUGACCUCGCAAAUAUUCAAAAGAAAAAGGAUGAGGAGAAGGCCUUGAAGGAGUUAAAAACCAAGGCACAACAGAAAGGUUCUUUUGGUGGAUCCGGAUUGAAGAAAAGCGGAAAAAAAUAGGCACUGCAAAUGAUGGUUAUUUGCAGCCUGAAUUUACUAUAGUGUUUGCAUAGGAGAGUGUUUACUUAAAUAUGCAACAUGGUUAAGGAUGCCUAAAAUUAUAGCCCUUCCAGACUAAGCUAACUUUCAUUUAUGUGUCAAUGUGGUGAUAUCUGAGUAAGUAAUUAAGGACUUUUGUAGUA